AUGGAAUCAUUUGAGCUGCCAACAAUCCCUGAAUUCUUUCGUGAUCGUGAAAUUUUCAUCACUGGUGGAACAGGGUUUGUGGGAAAGGCGAUCAUUGAGAAGAUCCUUUACUCCUGUCCGGAAAUAAGUAAGAUUUAUCUUCUUGUGCGAUGCAAGAAAGGUGUUGGAGUGUCUGAACGUCUGGAGAAAUUCAAAAGCAAUCAGAUCUUCAAUCGAAUCAGGGAGAAGGAUGCGAAGCUGCUGGAUAAGUUGAUUCCUCUCGCGGGAGAUUCAAUGAGCCUCCAGCUGGGUUUGAGUGAUGAAGAUCUUGCAAAGAUGGAGAAUGUCUCUGUGAUAAUAAAUAGUGCUGCAAGUGUACGAUUCGAUGAACCCCUUCGUGAUGCGAUCUUCAUGAAUACGCGAAGUGCUCGAGAGCUCGUUGUGAUUGCGGAGAAGCUGAAGAAUCUCAAAGUUCUCGUUCACAUCUCCACAACUUACUGCAAUCCUGGGUAUGAAGUGAUCGAGGAGAAGAUUUAUCCACCUCUGGCUGAUUGGCGUCAAACGAUUAAACUUGCUGAGAAUAUGGAUGGAGAUACGUUGGAGAUCCUCGCGGCAAAGUACAUGGACUUCCAACCAAACACCUACGCCUUCACGAAGAGCCUAGCGGAGCAGAUAAUGAAGGAAAACUCUGAUAGGCUUCCUAUUAUCAUCUUCCGCCCGUCAAUUAUUGCUCCUUCCGUUAAAGAGCCUUUCGCUGGGUGGGUGGAUAGCUUUAAUGGAAUUGCAGCAUUAGUCACAAUUGGAAUUUCUGGUCUGGGGAGACUUCUAUAUUGUGUUCCCGAGAAUAAACUCAAUAUACAACCACUUGAUGUGUGCGUUCGAUCUCUCCUUGUGGCCACAUGGAAAGGUGGCCAAACUGCAACAAACGAAAUGAUGUGGUACCCCAAUGCCAGUAGCAUUUCAUCCUACGUCUUAUACAGAAUCGCCUUCAUUGUCUUCCAAGUUAUUCCAGGAAUCUUCCUUGAUGUGAUCUUUAAAAUAAUUGGAAGGAAGUCCAUUGCAAUGAGUUUUACGCGGAAGUUCUAUUUUGCAUCCUUUUCUUUGACCUUCUUUAUGUUCAACGAAUGGUUAUUUGUGAAUGAAAAUUGCUUCAAUCUCAUGAAUGAUAUCAAAGAAGAGGACUUGGAAGCAUUUGCAUUUGACUUCUAUGAAAAUAUUGAAGAAGAAGAUUAUGGGUACAUUACAGGCUUGGAAGUCAAACGCAAAUGCUUCCAUGUCCUCCUGUUUGAUAUCAUUCAUGAGAUUGAAGAAAUUCUCAUUCACAAAUAA